AUUUGGUGCGUAAACCGCACGGAAGUUCUGCAACGCUGGACGGACUGCAGCCUAAAAGAAGCUGAUAUUCAUGCCGCUGUAGGCAGAUGUGAGCAAGAGGCUGUGAUGAUCCGCACAACCCUGCCUAGAUGACUUCUGGUGACCCCAGUUUCAACAGACCCUCUGCACUACUUCUGGCCCUAUGUUGUGCGGCGGCAGUAACAUCAUGUUCCGCACAUCUCCUCCUUCAGACUGUCAACAGCGACAUUGGUGCAGAGAACUAUACCUACUACCGCCUCAACCGCCCCGGUACAAUUAUUCUUCAAUUAGAGAGCAUCCAAGGUGACGCUGACCUUUUUGUCUCUGAUCUCACGCUGAAUCCAACCUACGAUGAUUAUGAAGCUCAAUCUGUCACUUGUGGCCUUGACGUUGUGGAGAUUCCAUAUUACUUCUCUCGCCCAGUUGGGGUUGCCAUAUACGGGCAUGUGUCAUACGAACUCUCACAAUAUAAGCUUGAAAUCCUACUAGUGUCUGAUGAAGAGCAAAUUUCAUAUGAACACCUGAAUGCAGAUGGUGCUAGCGACAAUUAUGGCUCAGAGUACAGUUUCGAGAAGAGAGUUCCCCCUCACUUCCCAAAAGAUGUUGAAGAAGAGGAAUCACCAUGGUGGACUUUACUUGUUGGCAUUCUUAAAAUCAUUGUGGAAGUUCUAAUGUGAAUGGCAGAAUGCUAAACUAUUUCAAUGGUUGCCUGAAAUUGCAUGUCAGACCGAUAAUGGUUUAUUAAGCAGAAAAAUAUUAUUUUAUAAAAAUAUGAGUUUAUUUUGUGAAAAUGUAUCUCUGACUGUUUUGAAGAUUUAAGUGAUUUGAUAUUCAACUAUUUUGCAAUGACUAUGUAACGUUAAUGUCGACAAAUCAUGCUUAUUAAUGUAAACAUUUAUUUACUAUCACUGCAGGAUUGCCCCUAGGAAUACAUGAUGAUGAUGGUGCCACAUUCCCAGUCCUCAACAAGAAAUGGGAAUGAAACACAUGCCCUUUAUUCUAUACUUAAAUGUCAAGUCAAAUACCAAUAGAUUUGGCCAUGGUUCCCUUUGUAAUCACAGUUUCGUUUGUUAUCAUAUGACUACCCACUAUGUAAUUCUUUAAAUAUUUUCACUUUAGGAUAUAGGUCAUGAUUUAUCUGUCACUUGGAAGGCAAUUGGGCAAAUUGUUUACCACAGAUUGUCUCUAAAAUUUAGAAAUUACAAAUGUUCUUAAAUAUGGUGACUAACAGUGGCCUUCACAGGGCUCCAGAUAAGGGCCGUAUCGGCGUAUGUACGAAUAUAAAA